CUUAUAUCCCACUUAGUUUUUUUUUAUGAACUUCAAUGUAAUUUUAUGAAUGAAACAUUUUAGGUCGGGUCAAAUCGAGGUUGCAGUAUAAAUAUCAGCGCGUGUAUUACAAGUUAUUCAUUCGUAAGAAAUCAACAGAAGCGUUUAAAGCGUAGUAUUAUAGUGCUACUAUAGGAGAUAUAUAUAUUAUAGUGUAAUAAAUGCAUUCAUGGUGAAGGGAUAAUAUGUAUUACAUCAGAUUCUGAAGAAGUUUUUGGAAACACUGGACUUUCAAUGCAGGGAUAUAUUUAACGACUAUUAACAACAUACAACGUAACGGAGACAUUGAAGGCACAGAAACAAAGAGAAACAGAAAAAUAUCAGGGAUUCGGAUUGUUUGUGAUUUAUGUCAAAGAAAUCCACUGCUGAUUUCUUAAACAAUCUGUUAAUAAUGGAGCGGGUAAUUUACCUAAUAAUAUGUUUUACAUGUGGUUUAUGUGAACGUCUUGAACUACCGGCAUACGAAUAUCUCAGGCGAUUUAACCAACAGCUAUAUCUUGGGCAGUGUGCAAACCGUAUCGUCCAGUAUCCACAAGGUCCCUACGCAGAACUAUGUCCAUUUCCGAAAAGACGAGGCAAGACAGAGUCUCGUUUUAAAGAAGUUCAUUCACGGAAGCUUAUACCAAUCCAUGAUGCUUCUCAUUUAAUGCACUAUUUGGGAAUGUGCGAUGCCAAGUCAGCGGAAUAUUUCGGCUUGCUUGCCAAAGGAGAUUGUGUCGCGGCUGACAUAGCAGGCAAAAUGUCAUUUAAACCAAAAACAGUAACAUGGGUGUACCUGGAACACUUUCGACCAAGAAUAAAUACACUGAAACCGGAACCAGUUUUGGCUGAUAUUCCUGAAGAGUACACAUUAUACCUAAACAAUACAUACUACACAGAAAAUAUAGGUAUUGGAACAGAAGAGGUGAUUAUAGUGCAGAUGAUGUUCAGGAGUGUAGAUGAGGCAAAGAAGGCCUACUCUGAUAGAUAUACAACUCAGAGAUUAUCAGAGAAGCUUCUUAAUAUAGCCAGAUCAGUCGCAGCGCCAAGGAAGGUAAAGGUAAUUCGACUAUCAACUUCUGAAGAGGUUUUUAAAUCUCGGAAUUUCAAGAGACAAUUUGCUAUCUUUGAUGCAGUUCAAUUCGUGGAAGGUAUUGAAAAACAGAUUUCCAGAAUAAGACAGGAACUGCAACAUGGUUUAAGAAGCUCACAUCUAAAAUAUAGCUUUAAAGCUUAUGAAAUUGGUCCCAACGCUUUACCAAUGAGUACAGUUUCGCAGGAGGACAUGCGGAAAAACUGGAAGGACGUUGCACUUUUGCAGGUUGAAGCCAAACGAACAUACACAACAAACAGAAGAUAUAGAAAAGUUUGUCGUACAAAAGUCAAACAUCAGAAGUAUUGCCUUCUCAUGAAUCAGACUCUUAAAGAACUAAAGCGGGCGAUCACCAUGAUUCAUACACAGCGUCGUGAUUGGUCAAAGAUAUCAUUUGAUCAACAAUUACUUUUUCUAAAUAAAGCAAAGCAAAAGCUGAAGCUUUUAAAAACAAGAACAAAUAUGCUUGCCAAAGUGUUAAAGAAACUGAUGAAAAAAAGUUUUAGAUAAAAACUAACUGCAGGAUGGAAAGUUUUGUUUGGGUGGCAACAUUCGAUGCAAGGAAGUUGAUGAAGCAGCUUGAAAGCGAAAGUGUGUAAAAUACAGGUUGUUGUAUUUGAUUGUAGGGAUAAAGGAUUUUUUUUGUGUUGCAGCAUCUACAGAAUCCCGAGGGAUUUGUUGGUUCCCACGAGCUUGCUAGGGCAAGAGUACCAUUGUUACAUAUGCCAAAGCUAUUCUAGUAUAAAACGUGUAAAAACUAAUAAAUGAACAUCAACAUCAUUUACAUGUGAGCUCACGUUGAUUCUCCUGUUUAAACACCAGCGAAAAGUGACAAGAACAGCAGUUUUUAUGCUAGAAUACCUGUUUGAAGUUACAUAUUCAAAAUCGGAUAUUUUCAGUACUACUUGUCUUCUGAGUAACGAAAUGCGCACUUUCACAGAAUCAACAUUUCAACACAUUAUUUUCGUUUUCUAAGCUUCAUCUGUGCUUUUUCUCAGGUGAAUUUUUGUGAUCACCCAGUGUCUAUCGUCCAUCGGCAUCAACUUCUUACUUAAAUAUCUUCUCCUCUGAAACUGUUGGUCAACCAAACUUGGUCUGUAGCAUCCUGACAAGGUCCUCUCUCAGGUUUGUUCAAAUGGUUCUGCUUGGACUGCUAGAGCUAAUAAAGAAUAAUAUAUAUUAACAACUUCUUCUCAUGAACCAUGUGAUAGGUCCUCACCAAACAUUUCUGUAGCAACCUGGUAUAGUCCUCUCUCAGAUUUGUUCAAAUAGUUCUGCUUGACUGAUAUAAGGGCCGCCAGAACCAAAAAAUAGAAAAACAAAAUUUAAAGCAACUUCUUCUCAUGAACCACUUCAUUGAUCAUCACCAAACUUGGUCUGUAGCAUUCCUGUAAGGCUCUCUAUCAUCACCAAACUUGGUCUGUAGCAUUCCUGUAAGGCUCUCUAUCAUCACCAAACUUGGUCUGUAGCAUUCCUGUAAGGCUCUCUAUCAUCACCAAACUUGGUCUGUAGCAUUCCUGUAAGGCUCUCUAUCAUCACCAAACUUGGUCUGUAGCAUUCCUGUAAGGCUCUCUAUCAUCACCAAACUUGGUCUUUAGCAUUCCUGUAAGGCUCUCUAUCAGAUUUGUUCAAAUGGAUUCGCUUGACUGAGGCCACCAGAGGUAAAAAUAGAAAAUCGUAUUAAUCAACUUCUUCUCAUGAACCAUUUAAAGGAUCAUCAUCAGUUUUGGUCUGUAGUGUCCUAGUAAGGUGUUAAUUGAAAAUGGUAUAUAUAAAAUUGUAAUUAUUGAUUAAUAAAAAAUAAUUAUGUAUUGAUAUCUGAUUGCUAAAAUAUAACCUCCAUUAAUAAGAUUCUGCUUUUUACCUAAUUAUCCCCCGACGAAAGUCGGAGGGAUAUAGUUUUGGCGUUGUCCGUCCGUCCGUCCGGAGCUGUAUCUAGGAAAUCAUCAUCAUCAUAUCCUGUGUUUAUUUGUCGACUGCUGCGGGUGUCCCAGUAACUAGGGUAGGCAGCAGGUGGCUAGAUUGUUUAACACCCAGUCUCCAUGCUUCUCUGUCAUGUGGGUCAAAGCUGUCAAGGUUGUAAGCCUUCAAGUCCCGCUUGACACAUUCCAACCAGGUCUUUUUAGGUCUCCCACGUCCUUUGGAGUUUGGUAUGGACAUACUCAAGAUUGAGUUGAUGCAUGAGGAUGCACGAAUGACAUGGCCAUACCACCUCAGGCGUCUGGUACGAAUAGCCUCUGUCACCUCCUGUAACCCCAGCUUUGCGUACAGUGCUGCUAUGGGUACGUCAUCAUUGGGUUUGAUGCCACAGAUCCAUCGGAUCAUUGACCUGUCGUUUCGACGGAGCCGCUGUAAAUCUGGAGCAGAAGGCGCCCACGUUUCACUACCAUGCAGUAGGGCAGAACGGACACAGGCAUUGAACACUUUUCCACGAGUCUUGAGGGAUACAUGCUUGGAAGUCAGAAUUGGCAGGAGAAAUGGUUGGGAAUAUUUAUUUAAAACUUCAUAUACAUGUUCACCACUAUGAGUUCUUGCGGCCCGUCAAGUUUCAGUCAGAUUGCCCAUGUAACACCAGAGUUAUGGCCCUUAGAAAUUUCUAAUGUUAACUAUAUAGGGUACUAUAAAUAUGGCAAUUUCUGCAUCAUAAUUUUUGAUAUAUUUGACCUAGAACUAUGAAACUUAAACAGAAUUUAAAUCACCAUAAUGUGGUUAUGUAUACACAAUUUCAUUCGGAUUUAUUUGUAAAUUAAGAGUUAUUGCCCUUUAAUUGUAUGAAAAUCCACAUAUUUGUAUAUAACAAACUUACCAUUUGGUAGAAUUUCAUUAAAUUUCUUUCAUUCUUUUCCAUGAAAAUUUAUUGUAAACAUGUGAAGUUGUGUACCCACACCUGGUCACCCCCUUACUUUGAUUACAUCCCUCCCUAUCCCCCCCCCCCCCAAAAAAAAAAAAAAUUACUUAUUUAAAUUGUUUAAAACAAACUUCAGAUACAUGUUCACCACUAUGAGGUUAUGGGGCCCAUCAAGUUUCAGACAGAUUGUCCAAGUAACGCCAGAGUUAUUGCCCUUAGAAGUUUCCAGUGUUAACUAUAUAGGGUACUAUAGAUCUAUAGAUAUGGCAAUUUCUGCAUCAUAACUUUUGAUAUAUUUGACCUUGAACUAUGAAACUCAAAACUUCCAUGAUUAUUUAUCAACAUGCAAAUUGUACCAUUCCCCCACCUCACUCCUCCGCCCAGUCAUGCCCACCACUGAUCAUGCAUCCUCUGCCCCCCCCCCCCCCCCCCCCCUCCCCCAACUUCACCCUUUUACCCUUUUUUUUCAUUUUUAAUUUUCCAUCAAUAUUUAUAAUCAACAUGUGAAAUUUUGUUUCCUCUCUCGUUACCCCGCACCCCCACCCCCUAAAAAAAUAAAUAUAUUAAGUUGUGGCUGCACAAACCUUGUCCUCAGCCAUGUUCAAGAUAUCUUACCUGUGUUCUCUUUAAGAACAUCUGUUCUUUUAAGUUCAAAUGUACAUGAACUUGUUAAACAGCAACACCUGGUGCCAAACCACUCAAAGACAAUAUUUCGUUCCAGUUAAAUUUCAAGCUCACAUUUCAAUUAACUGCAUUUAAUUUUAAAAGCUUAGCUUUCUACAGUUAGCAUAUCCCAUUCAAAAUAAAUUCUUUAGUCAGGAUCAAAGUAUCAUAUUUUAUUAUGUACUAUUUUAUUAAACAUUUGUUUUCUGUUAAAUUGAUUUUGACUAAUGAAAUUAUUUGCUUCUUAUUAACAUCCUUAAUUUUUUUGCCGGAUAUAUUUUUUUGCCAUUCCUCACCACAAACCCUUUCCACGGGGGAUACCAAUUCAUCGAAUUUACUUGUUUUUACAUGUAUUACUCUACAAUCUUCGAGGCAAUUAACCUUGAUAGUCAUUGGAUUGAAAAUUGAUUGAGGGACUAAAAAUUGAUUGAGGGGACUAAAUGAUAGUAAAACAAUUAACCUGAUCUACUGAUACUGAUAAAAACAUGUAGGUUUCCUGUUUAUUUGCACCUGUAGGUUAUUAUGGCCAGCCAUUAAUUUGUUCAUAGUGAUACUGAUAGGAAUUAACCAUGAAAUAAUAAUUAAGUAUAAAGGUAAGGAUAAAUUCUGCCAUGCGAAAUGUGGACUAGGUUUUUAUACAGUUUUAUACAAUAAUAAGAUUAUUAUGUGAAGAGUGGAUUGAUAACUUUAGAUAUAUAGAGAACUUAAAUAUCAAAACAUAAGGUGAAAUACUUUAAAUUUUUAUGCCCCGGGGUAUAUUGUUUUGCAGAUCGGUCCGUCGGUCUGUAUGUAGACCAAUCUGUUUCCAGAUGAUAACUCAAGAACGCUUGGGCCUAGGAUCAUGAAAACUGAUAGGGAGGUUGGUCAUGACCAGCAGAUGACCCCUAUUGAUUUUGAGGUCAAUAAGUCAAAGGUCAAGCGCUCAGUAACUUUGAAUAGUUAAACCGUUUCGGACGAUAACUCAAGAAUGCUAGGGAGGUUGAUCAUGAUCAGCAGAUGACCCCUAUUGAUUUUGAAGUCAAUAGGUCAAAGGUCAAGGUCACAUUGAUCCAGAACAGUAGAACUUUUGUGUACAGUAACCAAAUAAUUUCUGUUCCUUGUGCAGUUACUGAAUGCAUCAAUGGGGCCAUUUCGUGUUCUACGAGCUCUUGUUCAGACAGUUUCAAUUAUCAAGUUUAGAUAACUGCUGAAUUAUAGUUUAUUUCUAAAUAAUUAUCAAGCCUAUUUAAAAAAAAAAAUUUUAUGCCCCCAAAGGGAGGCAUAUAGUUUUUGAACCGUCUGUCGGUCUGUCAGUCUGUCCGCAAUUUUCGUGUCCGGUCCAUGUCUUUGUCAUCCAUGGAUGGAUUUUCAAAUAACUUGGCAUGAAUGUGUACCACAGUAAGACGAUGUGUCAUGCGCAAGACCCAGGUCCGUAGCUCAAAGGUCAAGGUCACACUUAGACGUUAAAGGUCAUUUUUCAUGAUAGUGCAUUCGUGUCCGGUCCAUAUCUUUGUCAUCCAUGGAUGGAUUUUCAAAUAACUUGGCAUGAAUGUGUACCACAGUAAGACGACGUGUCAUGCACAAGACCGAGGUCCGUAGCUCAAAGGUCAAGGUCACACUUAGACGUUAAAGGUCAUAUUUCAUGAUAGUGCAUUGAUGGGCGUGUCCGGUCCAUAUCUUUGUCAUUCAUGCAUGGAUUUUAAAAUUACUGGGCAUUAAUGUGUACCACAGUCAGACGACGUGCUGCGCGCAAGACCCAGAUCCGUAGGUCAAAGGUCCUAAACUCUAACAUCGGCCAUAACUAUUCAUUCAAAGUGCCAUCUGGGGCAUGUGUCAUCUUAUGGAGACAGCUCUUGUCUUUAGAAAAUAUACAUGAUAUACAUAUAUUUGAAAGUGAAAGUGCAGGCAAAAACAGGUCAGUUGUUACUUUGAGGCUGCCUCCAGGUUAUUAAGGUAGGUAAAAGAUCAAUUUCUAUAGAGUCAAAGUUAAUUGAUUAAAAGAUAAUAUACAGUGUCAUAAAUUAAAAGGUUGUACACAAUUUUCAAAAUAGGAGGGGAUAAUCUUAGAAUUAAGAUAUUUUUAAAAUUGAAAAAAAAAAUGAAAAUGAAAAGUAAUGAGAAAUUUAGUAUUUUUUGGAUGUUAUUUUAUCAGAUAAUACAAUCUGACUAAAGUAAAUAGCCUCGUUCUGACGACCCUUCCGCUAGCCAAUCAGAGCCUUACUUACAACAUUUUGUAUGUGAAAGUAGAAGUUUAAAAAAUCUAUAUUUAGCCUGGGUUUUUCAUGUUUAUUAUGACGGCCACAUCAUGACUGUGCCGUCGUGUUUUGAGAGGUAUCAUAUGUCACUGUACGGACUUGGUCACGAAUAUGUGUCGGGCAGCCAGUUAGCUCAGUCAGUAGAGCACUCCCCCUAUAAGCGAGGGGUCCCAGGUUCGAGCCCAGACUAAAUGCACAUUUUUCUCACCCUGUAACAUUCUAUUUUGAUGGUUCAGCCAAAUGCUUGUUGAAAUGAGUCGUCUGAUUGGUUCAAAUAAAAAUAGCAAUAUCGGAAAUCCAAAAUAUACAGAAGACGAAUGUGAAUGGGUCAUUCUCAGGUCUUCGUUUAGAAGAUCAAGUACUUUGGUCAGAUUGUCAGAUAAUAUAUAUAAGACAUCCUGAAAAACAUCAGUGGAGUUAAUAAGAUAAACAGGGUAUACUUGGAAAUUUGAAUUUGAAACUUUUUUUGGCUCAUGGUGAGCUAUUAGGAUCGAUGAAUGUCUGUCGUCCGUCCGUCCCUCCGUUCACAUUUAGUUUGUUUACACUCUAGCAUCCACAGUUUUGAAGUAAUCUUAAUCAAACUUGGUCACAAUGUUUCUGGGCACAAGACCUCAGAUGAGUUCGGUUAUGGGCUAGAUUGGAUCAGUAUGUCCAGAGUUAUGUGCCCUUGAUUGACAAAAUUAGCUAUAUUUCACUUUGUUUACACUCUAGCAUCUUCAUUUCUUUGCCAAUCCUAAUUAUAUUUAUGUAGAAUGUGUAUGACCUCAAGAUCUUUUAUGAAUUCGAUUAUGAGCAAAACCGGGCUGGUAGGACCAGAGUUAUGUGCCCUUGAUUGACAAAAUUUGCUAAAUUUCACUUCGUUUACACUCUAGCAUCUUCAUUUCUUUGCCAAUCCUAAUUAUAUUUAUAUAGAGUGUGUAUGACCUCAAGAUCUUUGAUGAAUUCGAUUAUGAGCAAAACUGGGCUGGUAGGACCAGAGUUAUGUGCCCUUGAUUGACAAAAUUUGCUAUAUUUCACCUUGUCUACACUCUAGCAUCUUCAUUUCUUCACCAAUCCUAACCAUAUUUGCAUAAAAUGUGUAUGACCUCAAGAUCUUGGAUGAGUUCGAUUAUGAGCAAAAUCGGGCUGUUAGGACCAGAGUUAUUUGCCCUUGACUUACAAAAUUACUGUAUUUUACGUUGUUUACACUCUAGCACCUUCAUUUCUUCACCAAUCCAAAACAUAUUUACAUAGUAUAUGUAUUGCCAUAAGAUCUUGGAUGAGUUCAACUUUGAACAAAAUCAGACAAGUAGGACCAGAGUUGUGGGUCAUUGAUUUUACAAAAAUCCCUAUAUUUUACUUUGUUUACACUCCAACAUCUUCAUUCCUUCAGCAAUCCAAAUCAUAUUUAUAUAGAAUGUGUAUGAGCAUAAUAUCUCAGAUGAGCUCAGUCAUGAGUGAAAUCUGACCAUAAGGACUAGAGUUACUCACUCUUGAUUUUACAGAAAUUGCUAUAUUUUCCCUUGUUUACACUUGAGCACAUCAUUUCUUCACUAAUCCAAAUAAUAUUUACACAGAAUAGGUAUGAUUAAAAGACCGUGGACGAGUUCCAAGAGCUAAAUCAGUUUAGUAGGACCAGAGUUAUGUAACCUUGAUUUACAAAAAUUGCUCUAUUUCACAUUGUUUUGUAUUUUUCAUUCUUCACCAGUCCUAAUCAUGUGUGUGUGAUUGAUUUGAAAGUUCAGUGGUCUCAGAUUAUCAAGGUAGAUAACUCUGGACUGAUUUUAUUUCAAAUUACCUCCCUUUGUCUUUAAUUAAAAUGAACAUAUUUUGGUAACUACUUGCAUGAUUGGUUCCAAAUUUCAUUUAUGUGAUCAAGUGGACCCAGACAAUCAGGGUGGACAACUCUGGAGUGAAAUUUUGACAAAUAACCCCUUUUAUUUAAGAAAUAAUAAGUUCCCAAGUGUGGUUUAUCUUAGAAUAACCCGUGUUUUGAGUUCUUAUGCAUAAAAAUAUAUCAAGAAGGCUGUAGGCCUGAGUGAUAUAUUGUUUCGCAUAAGAACGUAAAACUUGGGUUAUUCUACAAUAAAUCACACUUGGGAACUUGUUAUUUUGAUUCUAACACAACAUACAAGUAUCAACAAUGUUAGAAAAAAAGGUACCGUAACUACUUUUUAAGAUAUGAACUACACUUCGUGCUAAGCACCUGGGUCAUUCUAUACAUAGAAAUGAAGUCAAUAAUUUUCACGCGCAUGGGUUAUCGCAAAAUAACAGUUGAUUGAUUUUCUCCUAUGUGUAUAUAGGUUAUUUCCUGGUUGUGUUAGAAUUUAAUUUGAAUGGAUCAAAGGAAAAUCUUGUUAACACUCUACAGACCACAAUUUAAGUUUGAAACUCAUGAGAAUUGGUCAGAAUAUUUGUCUUGAUGACAUCUAGGUAAAGGUUGAAUAUAGGUCAUCUGGGGUCAAAAAUUAGGUCACCCGGUCAAAUCAAAGAAAAACUGUGUGUGUGCAAUAGGGGCUGCAUUUUUUACUUGAUAUUCAUGAAAUUUGAUCAGAAUGAUUUUCAUGGUGAAAUCUAGGUCAAGUUUGAAUCUGGGUCAUCUGGGGUCAAAAACUAGGUCACCUGGUUUAAUCAAAGAAAAACCUUGUAUAGGCAAUAAGGGCUGCAUUUUUCAUUUUAUGUGCAUGAAACUUGGUCAGAAUGUUUGUUAUUAUGAAGUCUUGGAUGGUUUUGAAUUUUAGUUACGUGAGAUCAAAAACUAGAUCACUAUGUCAGUUCAAAUGAGAAGCUUGUUUACACUCUUGAGGCCACUUUUUUGCUUUAAUAUUCCCAAAACUUUACCAGAAUGUUUGUUUUCAUGAAAUCUUGGACAAGUUUUAAUCUGGGUCAUGUGGGGUCAAAAACUAGGUCAAAUCAAAGAAAAUGCUUAUUUAUACUCAAAAAGCCACAUUUUUGGUCCAAUCAUUAAUGAAAAUUGGUUUGAACAUUGUCUCCAUGAAAUCACUAGUUCAAACAUGUUUACACUGUUAUGGUGUGUUACUCAGGUGAGCGACCUAGGGCCAUCUUGGCCUUCUUGUUCUGAAAAUAGGAUUUAUAAUGAAAUUCUCGGGAUAUAUAGCUAGUAGACUAAAACAGUUCACUUGUUAACGUACUAAAAUUGCAGUCAAAUUUUUAGCUCAUCUGUCACAGUGACAGGGUGAGCUUUUGUGAUUGUCCGGUGUCCGUCCGUCCGUCUGUCCACAAUUUCCUUGUGAACACGAUACAGACCACAUUUUGUAUUUGAUUUUAAUCAAACUUGCACACAACUUGUAUGGGCAUAAUAUCUCGGUUCAUUUCGAAAACUGGUCAGAUCCCAUCAUGGGUUCCAGAGUUAUGGCCCAUAAAGGGCCAAAAUUUGCUAUUUUUAGCUUGUGAACAUGAUAGAGACAACAUUUUACAAUCAACUUUAAUCAAACUUGCACACAAUUUGUAUUGGCAUAAUAUCUCAGUUUCUUUCGAAAACUGGCCAGAUCCCAUCAUGGGUUGUAGAGUUAUGGCCCCUUAAAGGGCCAAAAUUUGCUAUUUUGGCUUUUGCAGCCAUAUAGAGACUUCAUUUAUGGUUUGAUUUGAUACAAACUUGCAAAAUGUCUUCAACAACAAUAAAUCUUGGAUUCCAUGAUGAAUCUGUCAGAUCCAAUUGUAGGUUCUGGAGUUGCGGCCCCAGAUUGACCCCUAAAAGAGCCAAAGUUUGGUAAUUUUUACCUUGUGAACAUGAUAGAAGUGACAUUUUAUAUUUGUUUUUAACCACACUUACACACAACUUAAGUCACAAUAAGAUCUCGGUUCCUUUUGAAAACUGGCUAGAUUGCACCAUGGGUUCUAGAGUUACUGCCCCUGUCAGGGGCAGAAUUUUCUCUUUUGGCCCUUUCAGUCAUAUAGAAGUUUCAUUUAUGCUUUGAUUUGAUACAGACUUGCACAGAAUGAUUAUCUUGAUGAUUUCUAGGUCUGGAUCGAAACUGGGUCAAGUUGGGUCAAAAACUAGGUCAUCAGGCCAAAUCAAAGGAAAAACUUGUUAACAACCUAGAGGCCACAUUAAAUUUUAUGACCAUUUAUGUGUUCAUGUAACUUGGUCAGAAUGUUUAUCUUGAUGAUUUCUAGGCCAAAUUUGAAACUGGGUAAUAUGGGGUCAAAAACUAGGUAACCCAUUCAAAUCAAAGGAAAAGCUUGUUAACACUCUUGUUCAUUUGAUGUGCAUGAAACUUGGUCAGAAUGUUUGUCUGCAUGAAAUAUCAAAUGAAUUUUUAUGUGGGUCAUGUGGAGUCAAAAACUAGGUCACCAGGUCAAAUCAAAGAAUAAGCUUGUUUACACCCUUGGGGGCACAUUUUUGAUUCUAUCUUCAUAAAUUUUGGUCAAAAUGUUAUUAUGAAGUCUUGGACGAUUUCAGAUCUGGGUCACGUGGGGUCAAAAACUAGAUCACUAGGUCAAAUCAUAGGAAAAGCUUGUUUACACUGUAGAGGCCACUUUUAUGCUCCAGUCUUUCCGAAACUUUGUCAUGGACAAGUUCUAAUCCUGGUCAUGCAGAGUAAAAAUCUAGGUCACUAGGUCAAAUCAAAGAAAAUGCUUGUUUACACUCAAGAGGCCACGUUUUUUUGGUCCAAUCUUAAUGAAAAUUGGUCAGAAUAUUUGUCUCCAUGAAAUCACUAGGUAAAACAUGUUUACAGUGUUAUGGUGUGUUACACAGGUGAGCGACUUGGGGCCAUCUUGGCCCUCUUGUUAUAUAAUUUCUUUUAAUGUUCCUUGGGUGAAGUUCUGCUAAGGAUGGCUCCCCUGAUUACUAAAAAUCACUAUCUUUGAAAAUUAUCUUGUUUGAAUUUGUUUGAAUUCAGAAUGAUUUGACACAAUCUUUCCUUUGGUGACCCGCCACCAAAAUGGUUAUAUCGUCACCAUAGCUGGAAAACUCGGGUGAGCGAUCUAGGGCCAUCAUUGUUUGAAACAAUAAUUUUUUUCAAUAGAAAAAGCCAUCGAAAUAUACAAUUUACAAUUACGUAGAAGGAUCAACUAGAAAGAGAUCAAACUUAUGUCAAAAAAUUUUCUAAACAGGACGCUGGCGUCGAAAAGUUCUUUGCUAACUGAUAUUUUCAUGAAUGACAUUUUCCAAUUAUCUAUCAAAUUAUUUAUUGGAGAUUUUGAUCUACACUCAUAGACAUCUAUAAUCGGUCACCUAUGAUUUUCAUAUAUUUCGUUAAGACUACACUGAAAAUAAAACAAUAAAGUAUACCAUGCGUGGUUGAUUUAAGCCAUUUUAAUGGAAAAAUACCCUCACAGAUAAAUAGCAUAAUGGGAACAAAGGUGAUUGACAAAAUUUCAGCCGUGUAAUUUAAAUAUUAUCAAAGUUACCGCAGUUACAACAUUGACCUAUUAUGAAAUUCUAUGAGUGUGUGUUGUUUUUUUUGUAAAUAGUUGUAUUUGCAUGUCAGUAUGAUUUUGCGACUGCAUUUUAUUAUACGAACUUACAAUCUUAUAAUAAAUCAGUUUGGUUGACAGACAUAGUUUAUGAGGUAUAUUAAAGAUUUUUAACAGA